AUGCAGCAACUGGCUGAUCUCCUCAAAUCUCUUCUAGGGAAUCAGAUCGACACCAGUGCACUUGCUGCAAUCACAGCCUUUCCCACUGCUUCUCCACUUGCUGCUUACAGCAGUUCUGAUACAGCUCCUGCCCCUCCAACUCCUCCUCCUGAUGUUGCUGCUGCUAUUCCAGUUGCAGGCUGUUUCCGACCCUUUGGAGGCAAUGUUUCAGUACCCUCAUACUUCGCUGCACCACCCUCGACAUCAGUCCAGCAGGGGAAAAGGCACAAGGCACAGCACGCAGUAACAUUAGGCCACCAACAGCAGCAGCAGCAGCAGCAGCAGCAGCAGCAGCAUGGCCAGUACCAGCAGCAUCAGAUGCUUCAGCAGCACCUGCCUCAGCGGCAAGGAAUCUGUCACACCCGUCCUCUACCACUUCAGGCUCCCCUUCAAGGCGCCAACCAGUAUGAAACGCCCUCUCAUGCCUCCUACACCCAGUUGUUGCAAGGGGCGUUGGAGGGACAACGGCGAGCAAGGGAGGUUAGACCAGCGAUUGGAGGAGGGGACCUGCUGACAUCGCUAGAUGGGUUGGAGCUAGCAGAUUUAGAGGCGCUUCUACUGAAUGUGGAGGGAGAGUUGGAAUUUAUCAGCAGCAGCAUGGUCAGCGAGUUCAGCCAGCCUCACAGCCAGCCUCCUAGUAGCAGCACUGUCUGCACCAUUGAGCCCAUUAGCAGUGGCAUGGCCAUCAGCCAGCCGCCUGAGGGACUGGCACCAUCCGUGGCAAUGGGAUCAUCUUUAUUUACGCCCAUGCAUGGUGGGUCUGAAGGCUCGUUUGCAUCAGAGGAGGGGUUUGCUGCGGUCAUGGCUGCUUGUCACACUGCCAGUGCCACUGGUAGCAGCGACCGCAUGUGUUUCUAA